CCGAGGGGAGGAAUGAGCAUACCGGAUGCAGAGCCCCGAGGGGAGGAAUGAGCAUACCGGAUGCAGAGCCCCGAGGGGAGGAAUGAGCGUACAGUUCGCAGAGCCCCGAGGCGCGGAGCCAGGGCACUGCCCCACAGCUGCAGGGAUGUCAGGGAUAGCCCAGCUGUCGCGUGCCUGGUGGGCCGGAGGCUCUGUGCCGAUGGGCUCUGUGUGCCUCUCCCCAGUGGUCAGACGAGCCGAAUACAGCCCCCAUGCAGGGCGCACACAGCCAGAGCCUGCACACCCAGCGCCAGCUGAAGGAGGCGCUUUACAACCAGAUCAUCCACUACUUCGACCAGGGCAAGAUGUGGGAGGAAGCGAUUCACAUCUGCAAGGAGCUGGCUGAGCAGUACGAGAGUGAGGUCUUUGAGUACGAAAUGCUGAGUGACAUCCUGGUGAGUCCACGGGGCCCUGCGCCUCCAAACUGGGUGUGCCAGGCAGGGAGCCCAGCGCCGGAAUAG